AUGAUGGGUCUCUUGAUUCUGAUUUUGGUAACUUUGACCUGGUGAGUAAAAUAACCUUUUUCUAAUUGUAUCAAUGGGUACGCCUCUAUAGUUUCUUGAAUGUAUAUCAAUUGUGUAUGAUAAUAAACAUACCAAUCAUAAUCCUAAUAGGUUUACCUUACUAAGCCUAUAGGUCUACACAGGGCAGUAUAAACUGUCAUCAAUUAUGAUUGCAUUGAUUUCAGUGUUGGCAGUGUCUAUGGACAAGAAAGCUACGCAGGUGAAAACAUCACCCGUAUUCUGGACCGACUACUAGAUGGAUAUGACAACCGGUUGCGACCAGGAUCCGGAGGUGGGCCUGGCGUCCUCUAUUCUGAUGUAUUUUCCUAUAUCUUACAUCUGCAGUACUUUUCAUUGAAUAAGUAGGAAAUAACAUAGUCAAAUAAAAUAAAAUACAAUUUUAUUUGUCACAUGCGCCGAAUACAACAGCUGUAGACCUUACAGCGAAAUGCUUACUUACAAGCCCUUAGCCAACAAUGCAGUUUUAAGAAAAAUUAAUAAUUAAAGAGCAGCAGUAAAAUAAAACAGUAGGGAGGCUAUACACAGGGGGUACCGGUACAGAGUCAAUGUGCACAGGUUAGUCGAGGUAAUUGAGGUAAUAUGUACAUGUAGGUAGAGUUAAAGUGACUAUGCAUAGAUAAUAAACAGAGAGUAGCAGCAGCGUAAAAAAGGGGGUGGGGGGGGGGGGGGGGGGGACAAUGCAAAUAGUCCCGGUAGCCAUUUGAUUAGCUGUUCAGAGUCUUAUGGCUUGGGGGUAGAAGCUGUUGAGAAGCCUUUUGGACCUAGACUUGGCGCUCCGGUACCGCUUGCCGUGCAGUAGCAGAGAGAACAGUCUAUGACUAUGGUGGCUGGAGUCUUUGACCAUUUUUAGGGCCUUCCUCUGACACGCCUGGUAUAGAGGUCCUGGAUGGCAGGAAGCUUGGCCCCAGUGAUGUACUGGGCCGUACGCACUACCCUCUGCAGUGCCUUGCGGUCGGAGGCCGUGCAGUUUCCAUACCAGGCAGUGAUGCAACUAGUCAGGAUGCUCUCGAUGGUGCAGCUUUAUCAUUUUUUGAGGAUCUGAGGACCCAUGCCAAAUCUUUUCAGUCUCCUGAAGAGGAAUAGGCUUUGUCGUGCCCUCUUCACGUCUGUCUUGAUGUGUUUGGACCAUGAUAGUUUGUUGGUGAUGUGGACACCAAGGAACUUGAAACUCUCAACCUGGUUCACUACAGCCCUGUCGAUGAGAAUGGGGGCGUGCUCCGUCCUCCUUUUCCUGUAGUCCACAAUCAUCUCCUUUGUCUUGAUCACGUUGAGGGAGAGGUUGUUGUCCUGGCACCACACUGCCAGGUCUCUGACCUCCUCCCUAUAGGCUGUCAAAUCGUUGUCGGUGAUCAGGCCUACCACUGUUGUGCCAUCGGGCAAACUUAAUGAUGGUGUUGGAGUCGUGCCUGGCCAUGCAGUCAUGGGUGAACAGGGAGUACAGGAGGGGACUGAGCACGCACCCCUGAGGGGCCCCUGUGUUGAGGAUUAGCGUGGCAGAUAUGUUGUUACCUACCCUUACCACCUGGGGGCGGCCCGUCAGGAAGUCCAGGAUCCAGUUGCAGAGGGAGGUGUUUAGUCCCAGGGUCCUUAGCUUAGUGAUAAGCUUUGAGGGCACUAUGGAGUUGAACGCUGAGCUGUAGUCAACGAAUAGCAUUCUCACGUAGUGUUCUUUUUGUCCAGGUGGGAAAGGGCAGUGUGGAGUGCAAUAGAGAUGACAUCAUCUGUGGAUCUGUUGGGGAGGUAUGCAAAUUGGAGUGGGUCUAGGGUUUCUGGGAUAAUGGUGUUGAUGUGAGCCAUGACCAGCCUUUCAAAGCACUUCAUGGCUACAGACGUGAGUGCUACGGGUCUGUAGUCAUUUAGGCAGGUUACCUUAGUGCUCGGAGUACAUGUCCUGGUAAUCCGUCUGGCCCUGCUACCUUGUGAAUGUUAACCUGUUUAAAGGUCUUACUCACAUCGACUACGGAGAGCGUGAUCACACAGUCGUCCAGAACAGCUGAUGAUCUCAUGCAUGCUUCAGUGUUGCUUGCCUUGAAGCGAGCAUAGAAGUAAUUUAGCUCGUCUGGUAGGCUUGUGUCACUGGGCAGCUCGUGGCUGUGCUUCCCUUUGUAGUCUGUAAUAGUUUUCAAGCCCUGCCACAUCCGAUGAGCGUCGGAGACGGUGUAGUACGAUUUAAUCUUAGUCCUUUUAUUGACUCUUUGCCUGUUUGAUGGUUCGUCUGAGGGCAUAGCAGGAUUUCUUAUAAGUGUCCGGGUUAGAGUCCCGCUUCCUUGAAAGCGGCAGCUCUACCCUUUAGCUCAGUGCGGAUGAUGUCUGUAAUCCAUGGCUUCUGGUUGGGGUAUGUACGUACGGUCACUGUGGGGACGACGUCAUCGAUGCACUUAUUGAUGAAGCCAGUGACUGAUGUGGCGUACUCAAUGCCAUCGGAAGAAUCCCGGAACAUAUUCCAGUCUGUGCUAGCAAAACAGUAGUGGGGCUAUUACAAUGUACUGUAUUUUUACCUGGUUAGUUUCUUUAAAAUAAUUGUUCAUAGUCUAUUUACAGUUUUCCUAUAUUUUUAUGGGCAACAAUUAAAAUCACUAUAUCCUUUUCAGGUAUGAUUACAGAGGUGAAAACAGAUAUCUUUGUCACCAGCUUUGGACCAGUAUCAGAUGUGGAAAUGGUAUGAGACAAACAGCAUAUUCCCACAGGCUUACUGUCACAUAAUGUAUGUCGUUUAGCAACUGUGUUUAUAUGUUAUGUUUACAUAUAGUUUCUUAUGCAUUUAUUAUAUAUGGGUUUCAACUGAGCUUCAUUGUCCACUGCACUGCUGCCUUAUGGGCAGGCUGCUGUAGACUGUAGAUUAGAUUAUGAGCCGUUUAGCUUAAUUAGUUUCAAUACACUAACUGGGCUGGCGUAAUGUUUAUUUUAGCCUCUUAAUCAAUAUGUUAAGCAAACUGAGUGCUCAAACGGAUUGAUGAAUGAAUAUCUAUAGGUAGUUAUUGUCAUAAUAAUCUCAUCAUCUCUCUGGACUGUCUUGUCUGAAUGGAUUUAACUGUAGAUAGUUAGUUACAAACACAUGUAUUAUGUCUGUGGUUUGGAGCAGGACCUGCAUAUCGUACUGUGCAUUCCUCUGGCCUUCUUCAGGACUGCAGAAUAUAGAUUCUAGAUCUACAUUCUAAAUUCCAGAUUCUACAUUCUAGAUCCAGAACCUGUCUGGUGAUCAGUCAUGUAAUGCCUGGCCUUCUACCUCCUCAGGAGUACACCAUAGACAUGUUCUUCCGCCAGACCUGGGUGGACGAGAGGCUGAAGUACGACGGCGCCGUGGAGAUCCUGCGUCUCAACAACAAGAUGGUGGAUAAGAUCUGGACGCCCGACACGUUCUUCAGGAACUCCAGGAAGUCCAUCGCCCACAACAUGACCACUCCCAACAAGCUGUUCCGCAUCAUGCAGAACGGGACCAUCCUCUACACUAUGAGGUACCCUGAGUCCCUAGCCCCUCCUCCCUGGGCCCUCCUGUAGAACCUCUUCACCAUGAGGUAGCCCCUCCUCCCUGGGCCCUCCUGUAGAACCUCUUCACCAUGAGGUAGCCCCUCCUCCCUGGGCCCUCCUGUAGAACCUCUUCACUAUGAGGUAGCCCCUCCUCCCUGGGCCCUCCUGUAGAACCUCUUCACCAUGAGGUAGCCCCUCCUCCCUGGGCCCUCCUGUAGAACCUCUUCACCAUGAGGUAGCCCCUCCUCCCUGCGCCCUCCUGUAGAACCUCUUCACCAUGAGGUAGCCCCUCCUCCCUGGGCCCUCCUGUAGAACCACUUCACCAUGAGGUAGCCCCUCCUCCCUGGGCCCUCCUGUAGAACCACUUCACCAUGAGGUAGCCCCUCCUCCCUGGGCCCUCCUGUAGAACCACUUCACCAUGAGGUAGCCCCUCCUCCCUGGGCCCUCCUGUAGAACCUUUUCACCAUGAGGUAACCUGCAGGAAGAAGUGUUUUAAAUAAACCCCUUUUUGUAGCCAAUUAAGUCUGACAAUUAAGACUAUGAAAAAUAAAACGCUGGUGCAGUGCUGCUUUGCACAGAGGAAACCAGUUGUGUUGUACUGUAUACACAGGUUUUACACAGAUCAUGAAAUCAGACGUCUAAUGUUGUGUGUUCUAUUCGUAUCUCAGACUAACCAUCAGUGCAGAGUGUCCCAUGAGGCUCAUGGACUUCCCUAUGGACGGACAUGCCUGUCCUCUCAGGUUCGGCAGCUGUGAGUUCUCAGUCUAGGAUCUCCUUUCUCUGGCUCUUUUUUAAAAGUAAUUAGGGCUGUCAUAUUCUUGUAAUGUUUUUUGUAUGAAAAAGCUGAAAUUUGUAGCAAAUUCAGAAGUUCCGAUUAAUCACAGCAAAUCCUGCGAUUAACUCGAUUACGUUUUUCUAUCGUUUGACAGCCCUAAAAGUAAUGUUUUGAAGUGAUUGAUCAUAACAAAGGAUAAACCUGGCUUUGAGCAGAGAGAGUUUGCUUCAUGCACUGAAACAGUAACAUUCACAUCCUUACACUCCUCAAAAUAGUUAGCUCCAUAUCCCCUUUGUAGUGCACUACUUUAGUGUACUAUAAAAGGAACAGGGGACCAUUUCAGAUGCAUACGAUGUUUUGUUGUUUCUGUGAACAUUAUAUAUAGGAAUGGUAUGACAACUGAACGAACUUGUUUCUGUAUACAUCAGAUGCGUACACGAGCAGUGAGAUCACCUUUACCUGGAGGAAGGGCCUGGAAGCUUCCGUAGACUGUCCUCAGGAGUCUAUCAGUCUGCUACAGUAUGACCUGGUGGGACAGAAGUUAUCCACGGAGACAUUCAAGUCCAACACAGGUAAGGACCCACUGUAGGUUACAAUACAAUUAGAAAACACUGGUAUACCGAGAAGCGUGUGUGUGUUUUGUGACUACUACACUACUAUACUACUAAACUACAGUACUACACUACAAUACUAUACUACUAAACUACAGUACUACACUACAAUACUAUACUACUAAACUACAGUACUACACUACAAUACCAUACUACUAAACUACAGUACUACACUACUAUACUACUAAACUACAGUACUACACUACACUACUAUACUACUAAACUACAGUACUACACUACACUACUAUACUACUAAACUACAGUACUACACUACUAUACUACUAAACUAUAGUACUACACUACAAUACCAUACUACUAAACUACAGUACUACACUACACUACUAUACUACUAAACUACAGUACUACACUACACUACUAUACUACUAAACUACAGUACAGUACUACAAUACUAUACUACUAAACUACAGUACUACACUACACUACUAUACUACUAAACUACAGUACUACACUACAAUACUAUACUACUAAACUACAGUACUACACUACAAUACUAUACUACUGAACUACAGUACUACACUACAAUACUAUACUACUAAACUACAGUACUACACUACAAUACCAUACUACUAAACUACAGUACUACACUACACUACUAUACUACUAAACUACAGUACUACACUACAAUACCAUACUACUAAACUACAGUACUACACUACACUACUAUACUACUAAACUACAGUACUACACUACAAUACUAUACUACUAAACUACAGUACUACACUACAAUACUAUACUACUAAACUACAGUACUACACUACAAUACUAUACUACUAAACUACAGUACUAACCCUAACAAUACUACUUAAACUAAUAGUACUACACUAACACUACUAUACUACUAAACUACAGUACAGUACUACAAAUAACUAUACUACUAAACUACAGACCUACACUACACUACUUAUACUACUAAACCUACAGUACUACACUACAAUACUUAUACUACUGAACUACAGUACUACCACUACAAUACUAUACUAGCUGUAACUACCAGUACUAAAACUACAAUACUAUAAUACUACUAACUACAGUACUAACUACAAUACUAUACUACUUAAACUAAGUACUACACUACACAAAACCACUACCUACUAACUAAACCUACAUUACUAAACUAAACUACUAUACUACGAAACUACCCAGUAACUACACUACAAUACUAUUACUAAACUAAAAACUACACUACUAAACUACAUUACUACACUACAAUACUAUACUACUAAACUACAGUACUACAACUACAAUACUAUACUACUAAACUACAGUACUACACUACACUACUAUACUACUAAACUACUACACUACAAUACUAUACUACUAAACUACAGUACUACACUACAAUACUAUACUACUAAACUACAGUACUACACUACAAUACUAUACUACUAAACUACAGUACUACACUACAAUACUAUACUACUAAACUACAGUACUACACUACAAUACUAUACUACAAACUACUACACUACAAUACUAAUACUACUAAACUACAGUACUACACUACAACUACUACUACCACACUACUACACACUACAUACUACUAAACUACAGUACUAAUACACUACAUACAUACACUAACACUACUACACUACACUACUUACUACUAACUCGAUACUACACUCCUCACUACUCCUCUCCACUCACUCCUCUCUCCCCUCUUCUCCUCCUCAUCCCCUCUCCCUCUGCACCCCACCUCUUCUCUGAUCUGCUCUGUCUCAGGGUAGGGGGGCAGUCAGAUAUCUUCACUAUAUGUCUCUAAUUGGUUAUAUCUCUACAGCCUUUCCAGGUCCAAGGACACCCAAGGACAUUCAUUCUCCUCUCCUCUCCUCUCCUCUCCUCUCCUCUCCUCUCCUCUCCUCUCCUCUCCUCUCCUCUCCUCUCCUCUCCUCUCCUCUCCUAUCCUCUCCUCAUCCUCUCCUCAUCUCCUUUCCUGUAUCAGUGUUAUGGUCUCUCUCACCGCUGCUCUCUACUGAUACCUAUUCUGUUUAUCUUCCAGGUGACUACUCUGUCAUGGUAGUCCAUUUUCUACUACAGAGGAAGCUAGGCUACUACCUGAUUCAGACUUACAUCCCUCUGAUUAUGGUGGUGGUUCUGUCACAAGUAGCAUUCUGGAUCAACAAAGAGUCUGUCCCUGCACGCACUGUGGCUGGUAUGAUAACAACCCUCUAUCUCUGUGUCUGGUAUGAUAACAACCCUCUGUCUCUGUGUCCGGUAUGAUAACAACCCUCUGUCUCUGUGUCUGGUAUGAUAACAACCCUCUGUCUCUGUGUCUGGUAUGAUAACAACCCUCUGUCUCUGUGUCCGGUAUGAUAACAAUCCUCUGUCUCUGUGUCUGGUAUGAUAACAACCCUCUGUCUCUGUGUCCGGUAUGAUAACAACCCUCUAUCUCUGUGUCCGGUAUGAUAACAACCCUCUGUUCAUUAGUCUCUCUCUCUCUCUCUCUCCUCCCAUGCCACAUGUAAUUAGUGUAGCCUACACUGUUUUUUAGUGCUGAGCGAUUAGUGCUUUUUGACGUAGAUUCGGUUUCGGUUCGAUAAUUAACAAAAAAAUCCAAGUUUUCGACCCUGCUGGUAAUCUAUGAAUAUUUGAACAUCUUGGAGAAAUAUCAGGCCUUAAUGGCCAUGUACUGUUAUAAUCUGAGGGGACCCCUCAGAGCCUGGUUCCUCUCUAGGUUUCUUCCCAGGUUUCUGCCUUUCUAGGGAGUUUUUCCUAGCCACCGUGCUUCUACAUCUGCAUUGCUUGCUGUUUGGGGUUUUAGGCUGGGUUUCUGUAUAGCACUUUGUGACAUCGGCUGAUGUAAAAAGGGCUUUAUAAAUGUAUUGUAUUUAUUUUUAUUUUACCUUUAUUUAACUAGGCAAGUCAGUUAAGAACAAAUUCUUAUUUACAAUGACGGCCUACACCGGCCAAACCCGGACGACGCUGGGCCAAUUGUGCGCCGCCCUAUGGGACUCCCAAUCACGGACGGUUGUGAUACAGCCUGGAAUCGAACCAGGGGGUCUGUAGUGAUGCCUCAAGCACUGAGAUGCAGUGCCUUAGUCCGCUGUAUAUAAAAUGUGAUUGAUUUGAUUGAUUGAUUGAUUGAUUGAUAUGCAUAUCCUUGCUUCAAGGCCUGAGCUACAGGCAGUUAGAAAUGGGUAUGUCAUUUUCUGCGAAAAUUUGAAAAAAGGCUCAGAUCUUUAAGAGGUUAAAAACAAAUUAGACUGUAUCCUGUUGACCCCAUUUCGCCUAGUCUCAUCACACAACCCUUAAUUACAGGGGGUAGUCCAGGGGAGCUGGACACUCCAAAAACACAACAGGAGGUAGCCUGGGAGAGCUGGACACUCCAAAAACACAUUUGGGAUGCCCUGAAAAUUAUGGGAUGGAUGAAAGAAUAAUAUAUUUAAUGGUUAUGAGGGUACCCCAAGUUACAUUCUAAGUUUAUGUAUGGGGGUGCCCAAAAUGUGUUAUGGGGAAGCCCCAAGCCCUAUCUUGGGGUACCCACCGUUGAAUACGUUAUCUUUAACCCGGCCUAUUAUUUAUCAGGGCAUCCCUGAAUGAAAAGUUGUAAUUGGAACCCUGUCUCAAACACAAACAUAUGAUAAUAGUGUUCUAAUUCUGUUUCUAUGGUCUCCAUCUCCGCCUAUCCUAACAACCAACAGGCAUCACCACGGUCCUCACCAUGACAACCCUCAGCAUCAGCGCCCGCCAGUCUCUGCCCAAGGUGGCCUACGCUACAGCCAUGGACUGGUUCAUCGCCGUGUGUUUCGCCUUCGUGGCGUCCGCGCUCAUCGAGUUCGCCGCCGUCAACUACUUGGCUACGCUGCAGGCCAACAGACUGAAGAAGAACGCCAGGCAGAAAAAACUGGAGGUCCUGGCGGAAGCAAGAUAUGAUGAUGAGGAGGAGGAUGAGAGUGCUUCAUCUGUAAGUUAUUUACUGGAUGUAGGGUGGGUGGGGGGGUGGGGCAGAUGGACACAUAAACACUCACACAGACGUGGUUAGGGUUGGUAGCUAGGGGUUUUACAGUAUGCAGCUGUAACUGUAACGAGCAGCAUUCACAGAGGCUGGCUCUCCCCAUUCAACUAUAGAGCACCAUCACUAAAGCGCUCUCCAUUCAACUACAGAACACCAUCACUAAGGCUCUCCCCAUUCAACUACAGUACACCAUCACUAAGACUCUCUCCAUUCAACUACAGAACACCAUCACUAAGGCUCUCCCCAUUCAACUACAGAACACCAUCACUAAGGCUCUCCCCAUUCAACUAUAGAACACCAUCACUAAGGCUCUCUCCAUUCAACUACAGAACACCAUCACUAAGGCUCUCCCCAUUCAACUACAGAACACCAUCACUAAGGCUCUCCCCAUUCAACUAUAGAACACCAUCACCAAGGCUCUCCCCAUUCAACUACAGAACACCAUCACCAAGGCUCUCUCCAUUCAACUACAGAACACCAUCACUAAGACUCUCUCCAUUCAACUACAGAACACCAUCACUAAGGCUCUCCCCAUUCAACUACAGAACACCAUCACUAAGGCUCUCUCCAUUCAACUACAGAACACCAUUACUAAGGCUCUCCUCAUUCAACUACAGAACACCAUCACUAAGACUCUCUCCAUUCAACUAUAG